GACGGGGGGCCGAGGCGGGUGGGCCGUGACAGCGGGGACAUGUCGUGACAGCGGGGACAGGGCCACCCCGCAGCGUGACCCGCGUGGGCAGUGACCCCGGGGCACCUGCGACACCGGGGGACCAGCGGGGGACAGAGCCACGGCACGGUGUGACACCAAGGGACAGAGCCACCCCACGGUGUGACACCGGGGCACAGAGACACACCCCAUGUCGUGACACUGAGGGAGCACAGCCACCCCACGCCGGGACACCAGGGACCUCAGCCUCUCCAUGCCGUGACACUGGGGGACAAAGCCACCCCCUGAGUGACACUGAGGGACCACAGCCACCCAGCGCCGUGACACCGAGUGACAGAGCCACCCCAGACUGUGACACCGGCUGACCAAAGCCACCCUGGAUGGUGACACCAAGUGACCAAAGCCACCCUGGACGGUGCCACUGGCUGAGCCCCAAGCCUGGUGCCUGCUGUGACAGCGGGUGACUGAAGCCACCCUGGACUGUGACACUGGGUGACCCAACCACCCCACUCUGCAGCGCUGGGUGACUGAAGCCACCCUGGACGGUGACACUGGGUGACCAGCCAGCCUGGCACGCGCUGUGACCAACCCACCCUGCGCUGUGACACCGACCCACCCCACGGGGGACACGGGGUGACCAACCCACCCCACCUGAGGACACGGGGUGACUGAACCCACCCCACGGGGGACACGGGGUGACCAACCCACCCCAGGUGUCCCGGCGGCCGCCCCGUUCCCCCCGCAGCCAUGGGCGUGCCUGGGGUGGUCCCGCCCCAGCUGUCCCCGCUGUCCCCGCUGUCCCUGCUGCUGGCCCUGUCGCUGCUGUCCCGGGGGGGCUCGGCGGGCUCGUCCUGCCCCGCUCAGUGCGUGUGCGCCUCCAACCUGCUGAGCUGCUCUCAGGCCAACCUGAGCCUGGUGCCGUCGCCGCUGCCGCGCUUCGCCUCCGUGCUGGACCUGAGCCACAACAACGUGUCCCGGCUGCGCGGGGACUGGACGGCGGCGCGGCUGCCGCAGCUGCACACGCUGCUGCUGAGCCACAACGGGCUGGCCUUCGUGUCCACCGAGGCCUUCGCGCCCGUGCCCCGCCUGCGCCACCUCGACCUGUCCAACAACCGCCUGCGCUCGCUGGAGGAGAACCUGUUCAGCGACCUGGGCGAGCUGGAGGUGCUGCUGCUCUACAACAACGAGAUCGCCACCGUGGACCGCACGGCCUUCGAGAACCUGGGCCGGCUGCGCAAGCUCUACCUGGGCCGCAACCGCAUCGCCCGCUUCCCGCUGGAGCUGCUGCGGGAGGGCUCGCGGCUGCCGCAGCUCGCCCUGCUCGACCUGUCGGCCAACCGGCUGCGGGCCGUGCCCGCCGGGGAGCUGCAGGCGCUGCCCGCCUGGCUGCGGGACCGCCUGUACCUGCACGACAACCCGCUGGGCUGCGACUGCGCCCUGUUCCAGCUGCUCGCCCGCGGCCGCCGCCGCCGCCUCAGCGCCGUGCUGGACUUCCAGGAGGAGCUGCGCUGCGUCCUGCCCGGCUCGGCUCCCCCCGCCUCCGUGGGCAUCCUGGAGCUGGCGGGGAGGCAGCCCCUCAACUGCAGCGAGGCGCGGGAGGCCGUGCUGGAGGCGCACCUGGGCGACAGCGUCACGCUGGGCUGCGACAGCCGCUGGCAGGGCGGCAGCCGCCACUGGGUGACGCCGGCGGGGGACAGGGUGACGGGGGACGGCGACAACAACGGCACGGCCAACCUGCUGGCCAACGGCAGCCUGGAGCUGCGGGCGCUGCGGGCCGAGGACGGCGGCACCUACGCGUGCUGGGUGGCGGGGCCGCUGCUCAACGAGACCCUCUACGUGGAGCUGCUGGUGCACAACUUCACCCUGCACGGCCCGCACGACACGCUCAACACGGCCUACACCACGCUGGUGGGCUGCAUCCUGAGCGUGGUGCUGGUGCUCAUCUACCUGUACCUCACGCCGUGCCGCUGCUGCUGCUGCCGCGCCGCAGAGAAGGCGCCGGCGCCCCGCGACGACAGCAUCAACUCGUCGGUGCUCAGCACCACCCCCAACCACGAGGCGGGGCGCGCAGAGCCCCGCCCGGCCCCGGGAGGGGGCUCCGGGCAGAACGGCAGGUUCAAGGCAGCGGGGACCCCCCCGGCGGCCGCCCCGCAGGGCCCUAAGGUGCAGAGGAAGGUGUCGGACCCCGACUCGGUGAGCUCGGUGUUCUCCGACACGCCCAUCGUGGUGUGAGGGGCGCCGGGGCCCGGCACGUCCCGCUGCUGCUGCCCUGAGCUGUGGCCGGGGAAGGAGGGGUGGUCGCGGCCCCCCCUGCCGUGUCCCCGGCGUGGGGGGACGCGGCGCUGCCCCCCGUCCCCAGGACUGAGUGUCUGCCGAGGUCACUGUGGCUGCGGGACCACGAGGGACAGGCGUGUGAGGGGACACAGCGGGGACGGUCCCCCACUGCCACCUGUCCCCGCGCAGGAGGGAUGGCCGGACCCCCCGGCAUGGCCGGACCCCCCCACCCACCGUGUCCCCAGCUUUUGGGGGUGACCCCACCGCCCCCCAGGACCUGCCGAGGGCACUGCGAGGGACAAGGGUGUGAGAGGACACCGGGAGGACACCUUGGGGACAAUCCCAGGGACACCCCGCUGUGUCCCCGCUGCUGCUGUGACUGUCCCCAGGCAGGAGGGGUGGCCUGACCCCCAGCACCGUGUCCCCAGCUUUUGGGGGUCACGCCAUCGCCCCCCAGGACCCCCCCAGGUCACCAUGGGACCACGAGGGACAACGUGGGCACCGCAGAGCGGGGGGGGGCCCACUGGUGACAGUGACACCCUCCCCAGGACUAGCAGCUUUUCACCGUGUCAGGGCAACCCUCCCCC